AUGUCUUAUUUAAUGUGUGUUUUAUUAUUGGGCCUAGUUUUAGGUUUGGUAGCAGUAGCAUCUAAUCCGUCCCCCUAUUUUGCAGCGAUGGGGUUAGUAGUCGUGGCGGGCGUGGGUUGUGGGGUGUUAGUGGGCACCGGGGGCUGUUUUUUGUCGUUGGUCUUAUUUUUAAUUUAUUUAGGAGGUAUGUUGGUGGUUUUUGCUUAUUCGGCUGCAAUAGCGGCUGAGCCUUUUCCAGAAGGGUGAGGGAGUUGGCCAACAUUACGAUUGGUGGGGGGAUAUUUAGUGGGUGUGGCAGUCGCACGGGGGUUAUUAGGGAAAAACUGGUACGAGGAAGAUUGAUCUGGAUUUGACAGUAUUCUAGGGUUGACUGUACUUCGAGGUGAUGUAGGAGGGGUCUCUCUGAUAUACUCGUCGGGGGGUUGAUUGUUAAUAGGGGGCGGGUGGGUAUUAUUGUUAACUUUGUUUGUAGUUUUGGAGUUGACCCGGGGAUUAGGUCGGGGAGCUCUUCGGGCUGUCUAA